CAGCCGAGGCCCGUGUCUAAUUUGACAACAUGGUGACCCAGGAAUGUUGAUGUGAGACUUCGCCGCGACGUUCGCUCAACGCCCCAUGCGACGACAGAAGUGGACGAUGACCCGCGCGAAAUAUGUCUGCUAAUUCCGGCUGCGUGACCAAGAGGUAGCCUGAGCGAGCGACGAGCCGCGACGAGUCGCACGGAAUCACGGUUUAGCACGGAGCGCACGGAGACGGGGUGCAGCCCUCGUGGAUUACCACUGCGUCACGGAUAAUGUUAUUGAUUGAUUUUUUAAUGACUCACGCGUCGACAAGUACACGAUCCGGCGACGUUACGAAGAGUAAUAUCGCGCCAUUGAUGAGGUACGCGUUUCUGCUGCUCCUCCUCUGCCUCCUCCUCGUUAUACAGCUGACACCGUCGGUCGUCGCAGUCGAUUCCCUAGGUGACCCGUACAAGAUACUGGGCGUACCGAAACAUGCCUCCUUGCAGGAUAUCCGAAAGGCAUACAAGCACCUUGUUAAAGAAUGGCACCCGGAUAAAACUGAUCAUCCAAUGGCCGAGGAUAAAUUCGUAGAAAUAACUAAAGCUUACGAGCUUCUGACAGAUCCAGAAAGAAGGAGGAAGUUUGAUAACUUUGGGAUAACAGAGGAAGGGAUCGGGAGGCAAAGAAGGGACAGUAAUCAUUACAAUGUCCUCGAUCCAUUGGAAGAAUUAUUCUCUGGUAAUUUCCAAUUCCAUUAUCAGAAGAGAGAUAUCACGCUGUUCCAUAAAAUGAGUAUCACAUAUCGGUCGUACGAAAAUGUGAUAAUACCGAAAACUUACCGUAUGCCGUACUUGGUUUUGUUUUAUUCCGAUUGGUGUUUCGCGUGUCUGCAAGUGGAGCCUACCUGGCGACGAUUGAUCGAGGAACUGGAGCCUCUAGGCUUCGGUUUAGCCACUGUACACGCUAAGAAGGAGUCCGCAUUAGCGAGAAGACUCGGCAUUCACUCGCUUCCGUGUCUCGUUGUUGUCGUAGAGGGACACGCUAGCGUUUACAAGGAAUCUCUGUUCAGCAUUCAGAAAGUUAUCGAAUUUGUACGAAAUAGACUACCAUAUAAAUUGAUACGCACCGUUAGCAAUGUUAACGUAGAAAACUUCCUGUCGGGUUGGACGGACAAUCGAAUUCGCGCGCUGAUCUUCGAGAAGAGAGACUUUAUCCGAUUGCGAUAUCUGCUUACAUCUUUCUAUCACAGAGACCGGGUGGCGUUUGGUUUCGUCCAGAUCGGUAUACCUGAAACCGAGGGCAUUACGUCGAAAUACAAAAUCUCAGGGGAACUGGACACGCUACUGCUGUUCAAUGAGAAUUCUGAGAAGCCUAUGGCGUCCGUUAGUAUGAAAGAUAUUUCCAGCGAGACCAUGCAUAACGUUAUCGCCAACAAUAAGUUUCUCGUUUUGCCAAGGCUUUCGAAUCAAGCCAUGUUGGACUCUAUAUGCCCGCCUGAAUGGUUGAAGCCGCAGAAGCGCUUGUGCGCCGUUUUAAUAUCGCAACAAAAUAGCCCACUUCACGAUACGGCUAGGCACAAAUUCCGACAAGCGGCCUUAGAGUCCUCUUACAGCACCGAACGCGUAAGAUACGCGUACGUGUUCAAGGACACACAGCCCGAAUUCGUGUCGGCGCUGUCGGCCGGCGAGGGCAGCCCGUUGGAGCCUCUGUUACAUAUCGUCAUCAUCUGGAGACGAGACGCCAAUCAUCUGAAGUACGAGUGGCUGCCCAACGGAUGGGUCGAUGCGGCACAGGAUGAACGUAUAUGGAAUGAGACGCGUAGGCAUUUAGAAAAGACUAUACAGAGGCUGUUACGCGCUACCGAAGCUUUACCGUAUGCCGCUGUCAUAGGGGAAUUAGCGGACGAGCACGCACAGGGCACUGUAGACAGAUUAAUAGGAAGGGCAUUAUUAGCGGUAGAUUAUAUAUCCGAUAAUCUAACGAAAGAGCAGAUUUUGCCUCUGAUAUCGGUACUAGCGACUCUCGUGCUAAUCGGAGCUGCAGGGUAUGGAAUGUCAUACCUAGCCAAGCUAGAAGAAGCGAGCGUUCAUACCACCCGAAAGGAAAAAUUGUCCCCGCCGCAGCCGCAGCUUCGGAUACACGAAUUACGCGCGGAGAAGUACAAUGGAUUGGUCCGGCUUUUAAAGCCCGGAUGCCGAACCAUCAUUCUGCUGGUCGACACUCCGAGUCGAUUGAAGUUGUUGCCAAGCUUCCACAAAGCUGUGUGGCCUUAUAGGAAGAAUAGGACGCUUAUGUUCGCACACAUGUCACUAGAGAAGGGUCUCGAUUGGUAUAAGAAACUCUUAUCUCUCACUUUAUUCGACCACAAAGAGCUGAACAUAAAUGCAAAGAAUUGCGUGGGAACGGUGUUGUCCUUGAACGGCCACCGCAAAUACUUCUGCAUGUACCACGCCAAACUUCCGGAAUGUACAUUAAUGACGAAAGGUAAAAGUAUCAAGCGCAUAGAGAGGAUCACCAAGCAACUCACUCAGAGACCGGAGGACGCGGAAGCCGGUGCUUUCAUCGGUUUCGACAGUUCCAACGACUCCGAUAUGUCUCAGGAUGAGGGUGGAAACAACGUUUUAUAUCAAGACAACCUUUUGGACGGGUUACCGAUGUGGCUCGACAGACUGUUCGAGGGAUUAACACAACGUUAUUACAUAAAUUAUUGGCCCGAGUUCACUGCCAAGUAAAGGAACGAAGAAGGAGGAUACG